CACCUGGCUUACCUGCGCACGCACUGACAAGGGGGCAAGCGAGCGGCACUCGCAGUCUCGAUCAUACCAUCCCGCAGACAGACCGUUUUAAAAAACAAAACGAAUUUUUUAAGAAAUAACACCAUUGUCUGUGUUUUUCCGUGCGGGUUUUUAAAAACUAUAGUUCCAAACAGUGCAACGUGCAAAAGUGAUGUGAUUAUUCGAUUUUCAAAACGGAUGCUCGAUUAGCGGUACAUUGCUCAACGAGUUUCUAGCGGCAAAACGGUGGGCAUAAACGAGAAUUCGGGCAUGAGAGUGUAGUUUUUUUUAAAGUGUUGUCAUCGUUGUAUGGCACGAUGAUAUCUGGAGGAUGGGUUUGCGCGCUGCACGUGAGGACGGCAGGCCUAGGCGGCGCAGCCCUGGGCUCGGACGAGGAGGAAGUUGUCUACCUGGCCUAUAUUGUCAUUGACGUGAGCAACAAUCAGGUGAUCGGAGAACGGGAAUAUGCCGUCCGGCCGACGCGGAGGCCCUCGGAGGAACUCCAGACCGGGCAGCCCCUAGAAGUAGUUGUUCAACAGUUCGACGAGUUCGCGCGCUCGUUACAAGUGGACCCACACUCCCCCCUCUUCAGGCUAGUCACAGACGGACAACCCCCACUUAGACAAUGUCUCCACCCGGAAGCAUGCAGUAAGGAGUUAACGCUGCCCGCGCACUACGCGCGCUUCCACGACCUGCGCAAGGAGUUCAUGCGCGCGUACGCGCUGCGCGCCGUCCCGCCGCCCGAGCCCACGGCGCUACAAGACAUGCUUACUUAUUUAGGUAUACCCCCGUACACGGGAGACAAUUUCUACGCAGCUGAGGUCAAAGACAUGGCCAGUGUCAUUAGGAGAAUAAUUUCAGAUGGUUUCCGGUUAGAGCUGCCGGAAACGGUCGACUUAGUAUUAGAAACUGGAAUAUGUUCAAAAGACGAUGAGAUCGACGGUAACUGCAUAGUGCGCGCGCGGGGCCUGCCCUGGCAGUCUUCGGACCAGGACAUCGCCAAAUUCUUCCGAGGACUCAAUGUGGCCAAGGGCGGAGUAGCGCUCUGCCUAUCCCCCCAGGGCCGCCGGAACGGCGAGGCGCUGGUGCGUUUCGUGUCACAGGAGCACCGGGACAUGGCGCUCAAGAGGCAUAAACACCACAUAGGCCCGCGGUACAUCGAGGUGUACCGGGCGAGCGGCGAGGAUUUCCUCUCGGUGGCGGGCGGUGCGACGUGCGAAGCUGCCGCGUUCCUCUCCCGCGGCGCGCAGGUCAUCGUGCGCAUGCGCGGGCUGCCCUACGACGCCACCCCUGCGCAAGUGCUCGACUUCUUCGCAACCGGCGACGACCCGGUCCAAGUGCUAGAUGGCGCUGAAGGCGUCCUAUUCGUCCGACGAGCCGACGGCCGCGCCACCGGAGAUGCCUUCGUGCUGUUCUCUAAGGAGGAGGACUCGCCUAAAGCCCUGUCGCGGCAUCGGAAGCUGAUCGGACAGAGAUAUAUUGAGCUGUUCCGGUCUACUACCGCUGAAGUUCAACAGGUGCUGAACCGGUCGCUAGAGCCGCGCACGCCAGCCAGCACGCCGGCAGCGCCCGCGCCGGCCGAGGGCCUGCUGCCCGUGGCGCUGGUGCCGCAGCACGUCAUCACCUCCGGCACCGCCAAGGACUGCGUCAGGCUCCGCGGCCUGCCUUAUGAAGCGCAGGUUGAAAACAUCCUAACUUUCUUGGAUGAGUUUGCAAAGAAUAUCGUCGUCCAGGGCGUCCACAUGGUUUAUAAUGCCCAGGGUCACCCGAGCGGCGAAGCGUUCAUCCAGAUGGACAGCGAGACGAGCGCGUUCCUGUGCGCGCAGCAGAAGCACCACCGGUACAUGACGUUCGGCAAGAAGCAGCGGUACAUUGAGGUGUUCCAGUGCUCCGGCGACGACAUGAACCUGGUGCUGACCGGCGGCGUGACGCCCGCCACCUCGCCCAAGGUGCUGUCCCCCGGUACGUUGGUCUCCCCCCCGCCCCCCGCGCCGCGCCUGCUCGCGCAGCACAUCGCGCACCAGAGCCUGCUCGCGCGCCAGCACGAGAACCUGCUCCUCGCCUCCAUGCGCCCGCCCCCCACCAUGCUCCCCGUGCUGCCCACCUACCAGAUCCGCUCCCCCUCCCCGGCGCCGCAGUAUCAGCUCCAACAGUUCCUACCCCAACCGGUCGUUCCGAUCACAAAUAAGAGGUCUUACGAGCGCGCUUUCACUCAAACUACGGAGGCGCCUCCGGCCAAGCGGCAGUACCUACCGCCUCAGCUAGCACCCUCUAUGUCCCUCCCUAUGGGUCUGUCCUACGGAACGUCCACUCCUAUAUUCUCCUACGCGAACACGAGUCCGGCGAUGCUCUCGUACGCGAACGCGCUUCAGGCGGGGUUACCGGCGGCCAUGCCGGCCGGGUACGGUACGGCGUUGUCGGCGGCGUUGCCUCCGACUAUGACUACGCCGUUUCCGGCCACGUUUUCAAUGCUGCAAUCCAUGUAUCCGUACUACCCUGGCGUUUAAAGCUUAGGAAUUUGCGUUUUUUAUAACAUAUCAAUAAUAGAUUGACGUCAAACGGUAGACGAUGUAUACGAAAGUUUUUAAUACGUAUAGAUAUUUUAUCUGAUGAGAGCGAAAUGAGAAUACUAACUAAGUAUACCUAUAAAGUUAACUAUGGUUAACUUUAGAAAAAUAUACGAUCCUCGAUCCUUAUGAUCUAAGGCGCUUUGUAUAGCAGAAAAAUGCGUUUACUUAAAAAGUUAGAAUACUUAUUGUUGAAUUAAGGAACAGUGCCUUGGAUGUUAUCCGGGUUUUAAGUAAAAUUUAAGUACAUUUUAUAAAAAUAAUCCCCCGUUUUAAUAACAACAAUAUAGGAAGAUUAAUUAGUAUUAGAGUACUAGGGUACUAAUAUCGUAAAAUUAUCGACAAUUCGUUGAAACAGGGUAAACCAAGCUCAAAGUUUAACAGUGUUGUGUCCGUGUUAUUGAUAUUGUAGCUUAUUGAAUUUAUUAAAAUAAGACAGCUAUAGAUUUAAGCUAAAUAUACCAGUUUGACGCGUUUAGGAGACACAUUCCAAAAUAAAUACGUUGGCAUUUUCGGCACAUUAUUUCUUACGCUUUAAUGGAAAUCAUAAGUGUUCUCUUUACUUUGAACUUUGCACGCAAACUAUCUAUAGUUAUGUUAACAUUUAACGGUUAUUUUUAACGGCAGUUAUUUUUAGCAGCUUGAUAUUUUCGUUACGUUAAGUACUUACUAUACUACAAUCAAGUUCUUGUUGAAUUUAUACUGACUUUAAUGUUGUUGAAUCGUCGUGUUUUUAAUCAAUUAAAUAUAAGAAUAUAAGUAAGGGAUGUUCCAUCAUUUCGUCAAAUACCUUUAGCCGGUAUAUCAUUUGGGCGAUUUUCACUGCCAGAGCUUUUAAUGAAUCAAUAAAUAACUGGUUACUUAUUUGCCUUUAGUACGGUUAAAUAAAAAUGUCCAAAUAAUAUUUAGCUGAAUUUUGUUUCCCGAGAUGAUAGAGCAUUUUAAAAAUCAGAGGUUGUUUAUAUUAUGACAAGUUAGAAUACCUAAGUGUGAUUAGUUAAAAUGUGAUUACUUUUAACUUUAGACAUUCCAUGAUUUAAAGACAAAGUUUUUUGCCAAUUUUUUUAGAGACUGAUCAGAAGUCUGAAAAACAUGCUGAUUUCUUUUAUGUACUUAUGUUAGUACUUUUUUGCGUUUUUAUGAGUACAAUGCACUUUUGUGGUUAGUAUACACUUUUUAUGUUAGGCGUCUGUAUAUGUAUAGAUGUUGUGUUUUUUGCGUUUUUAGCACGAGGAAUCAAUUUAAGUAAUAUUAAAUGCCUAGUAUAUACCGCGAGAUUUCGCAUUUGUAAAUCAUAUUUUGUUUAUACUUAUACAUUCUAUACGAGUUCGAAUUUUUUGCUAAGACGUUUUUGCACAAGCGUAGCUACAUAUAUCUAUAAAUAAAAUACGUCCUAUUUUUUGCUUAGCGCAGUUGGUUAUUCGAGCAGCAAUUUUAUAUUAGGUUUAUCGUGUCGUUAGUAAUAGGUGAAGCAUCGCUAUUCCCAUCUCUCUUUCCUUUGAUUCCUUUCCCUCCUUUUCUAGGACGCAUUCACUUUAACAAUUUUUUGCAUAGAUACCAAGCUUAAAGUCAUCAUCAUUUACCUCACACCACUUAGUUUAAAAGGUAUUAAAAUAUCAAUAGAUAUUUAGUACGAAAUUCCAAAAACUACCAGCAGUGUCAUAACGAAAAAUAAACGUUUCGAUAACGUUUAUCUUAAAAUAUAACGUUAUACCAUAUACUACAUCUACAUAUUUAGUUUUUGUAUAAAAUAUAAAGCGUGUGUCUCUUUCACACUAUGGUAACCAAGUGACGAAUGCUUUGUUAUUUUGCAACAAACAUGAACUUUAGUUUUGGAAUUUAGUACUAAACUGGGUGACCUGUAUAAUGAACUUAGUAUUCCUUAAAAUAACGUCAUGUUGUCUAUGGUGUUGCCAUGUCUCAAUCACUAUAGGUCCUGGGCUUUCACACGGUGGAAAGGCUAAUAUAUUUGUUCUGUCAUUUCUAAAAUGUAUUUACUGAUAAAUUGCCCUGGUUCAAGUUUUUCAUCGAUCAUAGUGAUCCGUUCACUCUUACAUGUGUAAGAGGGAGAGGAUACUUUAUGUCGAUGAAAAUUUGUUUAUGGGUGUUCAUUAUAACCUUGAUUUUGCUUUAAACAAAAUUAUAAUGAACAUAAUAUUAUACGUACUAAGUAUACCAUGGAAUUGUUUACAUGGCGAUGAAGUGUGUAACUUAAUUGGUGUAUCCGAGGGGUCGUGUUUUGGAAAAUGGGCAUGUUUUGUGGUAAAUCGGUAAGUUGCACUCAUUACUAUAUAUAUUUAUGAAGGACAUUCUGAUCGUUUAGAGUUCUAUUCGAGAUUUUGGUAAUCACUAGUUUUUAGAACUGUCGUUUUGUACGAAACCGGUGACUAAUACCGUUUUUUCUGUGAUUUUUUAACGUUUCAAAAAGAGUCUAACGCUGUGCAUCAAAUUAUUCCACAGUUUGUUGUUUUGAACCCUCAGUUCCAAACAAAAAUAAAUCGCUCUUGUUACGUGUUCCCGCCUACCAUUAUAAAACAAAAUCCCCCGCCGCGUCUGUCUGUUUGUGUGUUUGUUCGCGAUAAACUCAAAAACUACUAAACGAAUUAUCAUGCGGUUGUCACCUAUCAAUAGAUAUAUGUGUAUAUAUGGGAUUCUUGAGGAAGGAUUAGGUUUAUAAUUUGCUAACCCGUGCGAAGCCGGAGCGGGUCGCUAGUGAUCAAUAUAUAAUAUUAUAUCGGACUCUUUCGUUUCCUUAAAAAUCACAGAGAAACGUUAUUGUUAAAGUACCUACUCUAAAAAAAUGUCUCUUGUUCGGCAGACUCGUCACUCGAUUAGUGGUUCAUAAUUUCUGAAUAGAAAUAAGGUUAGCAUGGAUUGCUUAAUUUAUCUUAUUUUAAGGACGGGGUUGCAUGGCUCGACGUGACUUUCGCUUUGUAGAGUGAACGUUUUCCACAGCACAGCCGCCGGAUACAACGACAUAUUCUAUUAAUUGUACAACGUUCUAUACUUGGUAAUAUGGUCUCUAAACCUUACUUGGUAAGUUCUAUUUUAAACUCACGCUUAUUUAUAAUUAAAAUCGUUCUUUUACUGAUAGACAAUUAAGGUUUAUAUUGCUAAUAGAAGUAAGUAUGUACUUAAAUAUCAAUACAUAUUUGUACUGGCAUCUUUAGUAUGUUUAUAUAAAGAAUAAUCUUUUUUAAUAGAGUUCUUUAUGAACAUAAGUCUACUCUUUUAGAACUCGACUCUACAUAAAGUUAACGAGUUAUCAAUUUACCAAGAUAACGGUUAUCGAGACCAUAAUGUCAAUUUCUGACUAGGUAUUCGGGUCUCCUCCAGUCAUUUAGCGCUAUAUCCACAGCUUUUUCUUCUGCUAUUCUGAGCCUUUAUAUGCUUUCACUUCGAAUUAUAUAUUUCAACGAUCUUUUUAGUGCUAUAAAAAUAUUUUUGCGUCAUUGAUGAUUUUUAUAAAAGUUAUGUUUUCUAAUGACUUUUAAAAUGAUCGGUUUAUUUUUAAUGUUACGUAAAGUGGAGUGGUUGGUCAUACUGUAUUUGGAACUUUCUUGGAAUUAUGAUUCAAUAUUAUGGACUAACAUCAAAUUUAGUAACUUAUAGUUAACGGUAAUUAACGCAUAUAUGGGUUUGAACACAGUAAUAUGAAACGAUCUAGUACAAAAACUUGUUGAAAUAUAGUUUUGUUAAACAGUGACUGGGGGAAGUGGUGUGAGGAAUAGGUAGAACUCUCGUCAGCAUAACGGUUAAAUUAACGGUUAAUUUUAACGGAAACAUUAUUAAUGAUUAAAAAUACAAGCUUAAUUUCGGUUAUCGGUUGCUAUUUCUUGCUACUUUUGAAACACGCCCGCAGUUUAUAUUUGAAAUCACUAUAACGGAAAUUUAGCUUUUAUUUUUACUUUCUUAAACAUCAAUAAGUAGAACUAAGGCGUUCCGUGUAAUUUAAUCACCUUGUUAGUGUCGCAUUGAUUUUUAUUAUAAUUAUUUUAGUUGGCUAAUUAUAGUUUAUUGCGUAUUUUUAAAUAAAGCGAUUAUCUUCGUGA